GUCGCCGCCGCCGCCGCCGCCGCCUGGUAUUCUGAAAGGAACUUUAGCCGGAACAGAAACAAAACUCCAUGGAUGAUGUAGAUCGUUUGUUUCAAUGCUUCAAAUGUGGAAUCUCUCCUCCUCAAUCUGCGGUCCGAGAAAAAGGACAAGGGAAAAGAAAAAUGAAAAUGAAGCAAGAGCAUUCGCCACCACUACAGGCCUCCGCAGUUUCUGAAAAUAAGAAAGGAAAUCCGAAAUAUGUCAGAAAGUUCUCUCCGGUAGUUUUCUACGGUUCUCCAAAUGGAGUUCCUCCGAAAAGGCCAUCAAGUUUGCUCAGAUUGCUGCACGAGAUUCGUGUCGAUCUCGCCGAACACAAUGAGUCGAGAGAGGAGAUAUGGACUACAUUUCCGAGACAAGAUGAAGCGAUGAAAUUCGCAAAACAGCAUAUGAAUUCGCGUAUUUUCAGUUACCAGGAUCAUAUGAGUGGUCAAAGGAGGUUUCUUGUUUCCACGUAUAAGGAGUUUUGGCGAAGGUAUAAAGACAUGAAAUCAAAGUUUCGCCAUCAUUACGAAGUAAUUCAAGAGGGAUUGCCAUGCCACCUUUAUUUUGAUUUGGAAUUCAACAAGAGAGAGAACAUCGGUAGAGAUGGAGAUGAAAUGGUGGAUCUCCUGAUAAAUGUUAUCUUUGAUCUGUUACUUGAGAUGUAUUCUAUUCAAGGAACUGAAGAUUUUGUAGUUGAACUUGAUUCAUCAACUGAAGAAAAGUUCUCUCGUCAUUUAAUCAUCAGGAUACCAAGGACUGCAUUUAAAGACAAUUCACAUGUUGGUGCAUUUGUUGCUGAGGUAAGCUACGCAAAUGCGUGUAAUGGAUAUCCUGUUCACUUGCAGUAUUUAUACUACAUCUCAGAUAUCUUCUUCACGAUUAUGAUGUCUUCAACAUAUAAAUUUUACCUCCAUUCUCUGUCUUGUGGCCAGAUAUGUUCGCGCAUUUACAUUUGUAAAGUAAAAGAUGAAAACUAUGAAAAACUAUUUGUCUCCAAGAGUCCAAAUUCUGCUGAUAGCCAGUGCCAACUUUUUAUCGACACUGCUGUCUAUUCCAGAAACCGUUGCUUUCGACUGGCAUUUUCAUCAAAAGCAGGGAAGAGCUCUUUUCUUCUGCCUAGUGGGCGUUUCAAAUGUAAGGACAUGGGUGAAGAAGAAAUAUUUAUGACAUCACUGAUUUGCAAAGUGGAUGCUGAUUCUGAGAAACUCCUAAUUUGCAAGAUGGAUUUAGAAUGUGUGAAGGCUUUGCACUUUGAAACGGAGAUCACCGGUAACAUCAGUAAACAUUCUAAUGGCCCUGAGAAGUUUUAUUCGAAUGCCUUUACAAGUGAAGCUCCAUCAACUUACAUGUCAGGAAAAUCGCCAUACCCUGCUUUGGAUGCAUUUGUGGAAGCAAUUGCUUCUAAAGGAGAUGUACCAGGCGAGUCAAUCUGGUACUGGUUCUCGGAAUUCGAACUAAUGGUCUACAGCAUGUCUAGAAACAGAUAUUGUGAAAGAAUUGGCAGAGAACACAAAAGCAAUCACGUUAUUUAUGUUGUUGACCUAAGAAGGGCUGUCUAUUAUCAAAAGUGUCACGAUCCAGACUGCAGAGGUUAUCGAUCUCCAAUACGUGCAGUCCCUGAUGAUGUUAUUCCCGAUCCCCAUUUUCUCUUCAAAUUUUCUGGAAAUAUAGAAAAUGAGGGGCAAAUCGGUCCAGCAGUUGAAGAAAAUGGCACGGACAGCUGCAGUAAAGACGAGUGGUGGGAUGAAGCUGUAAAAGUUGCUGAACAGGUUGAGCAGAUACAGAAAGCACUAGACAUGGCUCAAAUGGAAGAAAAGAGCGAGGAAGAUGAAAAUUGGUGGAUGGCUGUUGAAAGUGCUGCAUCCGAGAUUGAGUCAACAUACCUUCAGAGCGAAAAAUUGGCCAUUCGAGAUAAUAUGCUGCUAGUGUAAUUGAGAUCACAAGUGUAUCAUUCAUGUCUUUGUUCACACGUCGGCUGUACAUUACGAAUAAGCAAAUUGAAAAUAAUAAUUAUAAUUAUACAUGCAUGGUCAAAGGCGGGAGACUAAAUGACCAACAGUAAAAAAUUGGUGACAAGUUCUUUGGGGUAUGAACUUAAAAGUGGUUCUUUUUGCGGACUUUCAGUUUGGUCAAGGCUGAGGGAAUUGGAUGUAGCUAUGUUGUGCUUUUUCUAUGUUAGUGUGAGGGGACGCCCGAAUUUUGUAAUGUGUAUAUAUUUGAUUGAGUGAUUGCUAGUAAUUAUUGAAUAAAAUAUUUAUUUGAUGUGGUA